AAAAAAAAACCCAUGUCUUUCAUAUCCUGAAAACCCAGAAAAAGAAAUGUAAUAUUUAAAUGUAAAAGAAAUGAUUGCACCAAAGCCAUUAGGUGAAGCAAAGCACGUAGAAUAAUGGCAGACCGCAAGUUGACAAAUUUAGAAGUCAUUCUGCUUUUUCUUCUUGUUCUUCUUGUUGUAGAGGAGGCGCCGGGAGGUGUUGUGGCUUUUAUGUAGAGAAGACCUCCUAUCUGGGUUGUGGGAUCUCUAUGUUUCCUUAUCAGAUUUUGGCUCAGCAGAUCUGAAUUCCUGCAUAUUCUAUUGUCUGGGGAUGAUCUAAGCUUCUUCAAUGUCUUCGAUAUCUGUACAGAGAGACCCAGAUUGUAUUUUGGCUUAGUAGUUACCUUUUUUUUGUACGUUUGUGAGCUUUCUGGGUUAUUCUGCUUUGUGGGUACCUUUUGUUUUGUACCGUGGCUAUGAAGAAUCAAGGAGCUGGUUCUUUGUGUGGGGCUUGUCCAGAAUUUGGAGAAUUAUGAGCAAUCUUUGAGAAGGGGUAGAAGUGGAUAUGGGCUAUCCAUUUUCCACAUUACCCAUAUUACUCAGACUUGCUGUUAUUGACAACUCUAAUGGGGUCUAUACUAUUUUCUGACUGGGAAUUACACUUUUUCCACGGAAUUUGAUUUGAAGGAUUUGGAUGAUUCAGAUUGUGUUUUCUGAUAGCAUUUGAAUUGGAGCAUUUCAGGAUUUUUAUGAAUCAAGUUAUCAGUCAAGCAAAGGUAAAAAAUAGCAAUUUGUUGUUAGGGAUUUCUCCAUGAACUGAGCGCUUUCUGCUGGUGCUAGUUUUCUCAAGUUCCUUUUUUGGACACCAGGUUCUUCUUAGCGGGUGCAUUUUGUUCUCUCUAAAUGCAAUGCAAUGUUGUUAAAUGUAAAACGAUAGUUCAGAACAACAUUAAACUUGGGAUAAUUGAUGUUUUUCUAUUUGUGGGAGAGAGACAGUUGUAGGACCUUUGAUUGAAGUUGUACAAUUACGUUAAUUGAAGAGUUACUGUAUUCGGAUGAAUAAAUUCCAGCAUUUUGUUUCAAGUGCGUGCCCAAACUUUGGGUCGGUGCCAAUAUUGUAUAAGGCAUUCUUAUUAAUUGUAUUGGAAUACUGUCUAUUUGGUUCCAUUGCUUGUAGUUGAAUUGGUACUAAAUUAUUUUCUUCUGCUUGUAAAUUGAUCAGUGCUGUUUAUUUAGUUGAUUGCAGAAUUGGGAACUGAAGUGCAGUCUAAGAUGUAUCUGCAAGGAUAUUAUCCCUUGAGGGGUCUAAACAACAAUGCUGGCAAAGGGGCCUGGCUUCUACAUCAGGAACAGAAAACAAUGAGAAGUGGACGGUGCCAGGACAUAUUCUUGACCAGACCGGACAUGGAUGGAUUUGAGGAAUAUGAGAAGGAAUUACUGAGACAAACUAUAUUGAAGCAGGAAACCAUAUUCAGGAAUCAGCUCCAUGAACUCCAUCGUCUUUACAAACUACAAAGGGACUUGAUGAAGAAUAUCAGAGGCAAUGAACCACACAAACAUCUGAUAUCAGCUUGGAAGUCGCAAUCAUCAAAUGUUUUUCCAUCAGAAGAUGACAAAAAGAGGUGGCAAAUGCCCACCUUAUCCUUGAUGGAUUCUAGUUAUGGUAUACCGUCCACGUCAGAUGUGGAUAGCAUCCAAACUCAUUUUAAUUCUGUGAAAGGGAUGAUCAUGCAAUCCAAUUGUGGUCAUACCCAAAGUGCAGCAAGGUGGAAGGACUGUGAAUCUCUGGAACCAAAAUCCAGCCAACUUCAGAGAAGAUUUUUUGACCUUGAAAUUCCAACUGAUGAAUUCAUCAACAAAGAUGUGGAACAGCAAGGAUUUUCUGAAGUCUCAGGCGUGCAUAGUUAUCCUCCUAGCAGGACUGGUGAUAUUGCUUUUAAGAGGGAUGAAAAGUUAUCUAUUUGCCUUGGGAAUAAUGCUGAUGCUUUGGGUUCGACUUUGCAUUUGAGGAAAACUUCUCCAAUGGAUCCAAAUGAAACCAUCCAGGUGAAGGAAGCAUCUGCUUCGGCCAUUAUUGGCAAUAAUUACCGCCCCAAAGAUGAGAUGCAGAGGCAGAAUUUAUCUGCAACUGCAUAUUCAAGCUUCAAAUUGUCGGGAAAGGAAUUUUCACAAAAUAUGCAUAAUGAAAGGGAUGGAGCAGUUAGCAAUCUGCGUUUUGAGAAUGAAACUCGGCAACAAGAUUGGUUAUCUUAUCCUUUUGAAGCUGGUAAAACUAGAAGGAACAGAAGUUCUUUCUGUGGAGUUUUUCGGCCUGGAGAUUUUCCUAAGGUUUGUGAAUCAUCACAAGUUGAAAGUCCGAAAGCUCAUGACCCUGCACUGUGUUUUCUUUCUGAUCAGCAUAAGAUGCAGCAACAUAUAAAGAGGACAAUUUUUGGUGUAGAAAUUGCUGACAUAAAUAAUGAUACAUCUGUUGUGGCUUCGCAUCCACUUGGUCUGGGGACGCCACUAGUUCCUAAAUCUGAUGUGUCCAACUCUGAGUCAUUUCCUAUUUCAGCUGGGACAAAACCUCCAGGUAGCUUGAGGCAAUUCUUAGUAUCAACUCAUGGAAAUACCUCUCCUCAGUCGAGUCCUAAGGUAUUUGGGGAGUUGCUGAAAGAUAAUUAUUCAAGAUCAAUUCCAGAUUCAAGAGCUGAAGUAUCCCAACAAAGUGAUGUCCACCUUGGUUCCCAGUCUGAGUCCAAGGAAUCACAGGGCCACCUCCCAUCAGUUCGCCUUGGCUUUUUGAAUGAUAUUAGUGACCGUCAUUUUAGUUUUGAACAAUUUCAGCAACAUGAACCUCAAGAAUACCCUAGGGGUUCGGGCUGUGUCAUGGAUGUGAACUCUGCAAAAGAAAUUAAGAUGGAUGCAGUCUCUCUAAAUAAUCCAUUCAAUUGUCAAAAAAGUCACGUGUCAGUUGAUUGGCCAAGGAACAGGGAGAAUUUACAGGGAGCGUGCUCUUGGCUAAGACCAAUACCAAAUUCUAACGGCAAAUAUUCGAGAGAAGGGGGAGGCUCUGAUCAGACAAAUUUGAGUUCUUGGCAAAACCAUUCUCUGCAGGUUGUCAACAUAACUCAAAUGCGAGAGGGUCCGUCUCAGAGUUUUGUUCAGGACUCCUUGCCAGCAACUCGUGCUGAUGAUGGUGAGCAUGGGAAAAUUGAAAUAGGUGACUACUCAAGGGAUACAAGGAUUCUUGGGUUUCCCAUUAUGGACAAGCCUCAUGUACCGAAGGACCUUCCUUAUCAUAAGGCCUCCUCACAACAUGGUUCUGUUGCUUCUGGCAUUGAUCAUGGAAACCCUGUAAAAGCUGGAUUAGUUACAACUGAUCUGGCUCAUGAUCCCAUGUCACCCAGAUCUGAAGUGCUAUGUAAAGUUGAAGAUCGAAUUGUACCAGAGGGAUGGGUAAACCAGAAUGCUGCUUUAAGACAUAAGAUUGACUUGAAUAUUUGUGUAACUGAUGAAGACGUUCCAUCUACACCCUCUUCUCCAAUUGCAACUACGAUAGAUUUGGAGGCACGCAUUGGCAUCGAGACAGAAAUAGGUGCUGCGCCUGUCGAAGGAUCUUCAGAAAGCAUAACUAGAGAACCUUUUGACUCAUUACAUGAUGAAUCCAGGGUGCCUCGUGAGGUCAUGGUGGCAGCAGACACUUUAGUUGCCAUCUCGUCAUCUCAUGUGUGUAGUCUUCCAGGCCACGCUGCGGAGAAUCUUCAAGAACAUGCCACUUGUCCCCAGUCAGAAGCUUCACUCGCCAAUUCCCUUUAUAGGCUUGCAGAUAUAAUCUCUUCAUAUAAGGGUGAUAUUGAAAAUGAGGUUGUAGAAGUUUCAAUGUUGAAGGACAGAUCCUUUCAAGAGGAGCUUAUUCCUGAUGGGGUAGAUUACUUCGAGUUAAUGACAUUAAAUUUGACAGAAAGCAAGGUAGAUGACUACUGUUAUAAGCCUCAGAUUUUGGAAAACCCAAAAGAUGAAAAUACAUUGCCAAGAAGGCCUAGGAGAGGUCAAACAAGGAGAGGGAGGCAGCGAAAAGACUUCCAAAGAGAUAUACUUCCUAGUCUUACAUCUCUUUCGAGGAAUGAGAUGACCGAGGAUCUUCAGACAAUUGAAGGGUUGAUUAAGGCAACUGGUGGCACUUGGCAGUCAUGUUUAGCACACAGAAAUCCCAGUAAGAGUAGUGGUGGAAGGGGAAGGAGGCGUUUAGGAGUUCCACAUCCCUCUUCUAUUGAAACUUCAGCAUGCCUGCCCCAGGUUCAGCAACCUAGUUGUACAGAGCUGGGAUUUGAGGAAAGAAGCCUGGCGGGAUGGGGAAAGAGGACAAGGCGUCCGCCACGGCAGAGAUGUCUGAUUAAUAGUCCUCCUCUUCCUCCAAAAUAAGUAGAGAGAGAGAGCCCAGGUGAUUUUUCUGAAGAUAGAUCGGGGCAACUGUAGUAGGAGCUUUUUCUGCCCGCUUUUCUAAACCAUGGGGAUUUUGUAUCUUACAUGUCUUCUCAGUUCUAACUUUCCAUAAUGUGAGUGGACUUGCAUGAUUCCCUUAUGAAUGAUUUGCAUGGACUGAUACUGCUAAACGGAAUUCGAUUUAGCUGAGCUUUGUAUCAUAGAUGAAAGUAUUGUGAAAGAUUGUGGUUGUCUCCCCAAACUCAGUUUUUAGAACGGAUCUUAUAUAUGAUUUUUCUUUUUCA